AUGCUAAUACUGGCGGCGUUGUGGUUAAUGGUACAUUUGUUGCCGACUAGCGGCGGUGCAAGGAACUCUAUAGUCGCUUCGCCAAUGGACUAUGAAGAUACUUCAUCCUUCCAGAAGAAGAAAAGCGAAUCGUAUGGAAACAAUCAGACGAAUGGACUGGCCGUGAUUGCCGCCCCAGGGUCGGACAACUCGCCCGGUGAACUCGGCCGACCGGUCGUUGUUCCCAAGAACAUCAGCGAGGACGCGAAACUCGCCAUCUCCGAGGGGUGGAAGAAGAACGCGUUCAACCAGUACGUCAGCGACCUGAUCUCUAUAAGGAGGAAGCUGCCCGAUCGCAGGGACGAGUGGUGCAAAAAGCCGGGCCGUUAUUUGAAAGAUCUUCCGCAAACUUCUGUGGUGAUAUGUUUCCACAACGAGGCAUGGUCGGUGCUACUUAGAACUGUACAUUCAGUUUUAGACAGAUCGCCAGCUCAUUUAAUAAAGGAGAUCAUUCUUGUUGAUGAUUUUUCUGACAUGCCACAUCUGAUGAAAAGAUUAAAUGACUACAUGUCAUCACUGCCAAAAGUAAGAAUAGUUCGAGCGACACGUCGUGAGGGCCUUAUUAGGGCCAGGCUUUUGGGUGCUCGACACGGAACAGCUCCCGUCUUAACUUAUCUGGACAGUCACUGCGAGUGUAGUGAAGGUAAGGAAGGAUGGUUGGAGCCUUUGCUAGAUAGAAUAGCACGAAAUAAAACCACAGUUGUGUGUCCUGUUAUUGAUAUCAUUGAUGAUAACACUUUCGAAUACGAAUAUAGGGACUUAUCUUCUGUCAAUGUCGGUGGUUUUAACUGGGAUCUCCAGUUCAGUUGGCAUCCAGUACCACCGAGGGAAAGAGCGAGACAUCAACAUACAGCAGAGCCCUUGUGGUCUCCAACAAUGGCUGGUGGUCUCUUUGCUAUCGACAAGGAAUUUUUUGAAUUGCUCGGCACUUAUGAUAAUGGUUUUGACAUAUGGGGUGGGGAGAAUCUGGAAUUAUCCUUCAAAACGUGGAUGUGCGGCGGAACUCUGGAAAUAGUUCCAUGCUCCCACGUAGGCCACAUAUUUAGGAAACGUACACCUUACAACUGGGGGACCGGUGUAAAUGUAUUGAAAAAGAAUUCAGUCCGUUUAGCAGAGGUUUGGUUAGAUGACUAUGCUAAGUAUUAUUAUCAAAGAGUGGGUGAUGACAAAGGUGACUAUGGUGAUAUUACUAGCAGGAAACAGCUUAGGAAGAGUCUCGAAUGCAAGUCAUUCGAAUGGUAUUUGAAGAAUAUAUACCCUGAACUAUUUAUUCCCGGAGAAUCUGUCGCGCAUGGAGAGAUCAGAAAUUUCUGCUUCCAAGAGACUUGCUUGGACUCUCCAACAAGCAAGUUCGACCAUCAUAAGCCAGUCGGACUUUACCCGUGUCACAGAAAGGGAGGAAAUCAGUAUUGGAUGUAUUCGAAGAAUGGCGAAAUACGUCGUGACGAGACAUGCCUUGACUACUCGGGUCACGACGUGGUCCUGUAUCCUUGUCACGGGGCGAAGGGCAACCAACUGUGGCUCUACGACCAUAACACGAAGCUAUUGAAGCACGGCUGGAGUGACAAGUGCAUGACGAUAUCGCACAACAAGGAUAAGAUCGUCAUGGAGACGUGCAGUGAAGCGGAGCCGCGGCAAAUGUGGAUCAUGGAGAAUUUUAAAGCGGAGCGAUUAAGUCCGGAACUUAUAAGGAAGCCCAAG